GGAGGUGGCCCUGGCCAGUGCCAGGCGCCAGCGUAGCGGUAGCUUCCAGUGAAGAGUGGCGGUGACCACCGGGAGAAGCUUCCCCCCAUUGUCCCCUUCUGCGUCGCUGUCUGGCUGGUGACCAUCACUGGAUUGCGGGAUUCCCUUGGAGUGCAGAUGUCGGCCUCUGAGGUAGCUGGCCUUGGGGCCCGAGCCCCGAGUCCUUCGGAAUCGUCUGCUUCUUGUACUUCCAAGUCAGAUGACGCUCUCCCAGAUGGCCUAAGCCCCAAAGACUCUGCCCAGAAACAGAAGAACUUGUCUCCGCCGAGUGUAAGUAGCCAAAUGAUAACCGAGGAGAGUAACAGAAAUGCCCGUUUGGAACAUCCAGAACAGAACCCUGGUCCGUCAGUGGGUGAUACCUCAGCAGCGCACCAGGAAGUUUUAGGAGAAAACUUGGUAGCCACAGCCCUUUGUCUUUCUGGCAGUGGGUCUCAGUCUGAUUUGAAGGACUUAACCAACCCAGCAGGAGAGGAGGGGGACACGAGCCUCCGGGAGAGCCUCCAUCCAGUCACUCGAUCUCUUAAGGCAGGGUGCCACUCAAAGCAGCUUGCCUCCAGGAAUUGCUCUGAAGAGAAAUGCCCAGCAGCCUCCAUCCUAAAAGAAGGUAGCAGGGAUACAGGCUUGGACUUCCGACCUGUAGUACCUCCCGCAAAUGGGGUUGAAGGAGUCAGAGUGGAUCAGGAUGAUGAUCAGGAUAGCUCUUCCUUGAAGCUUUCUCAGAACAUUGCUGUGCAGACUGACUUUAAGACAGCAGAUUCAGAAGUAAACACAGACCAAGAUAUUGAAAAGAAUCUGGACAAAAUGAUGACAGAGAGAACUCUGCUGAAGGAACGUUACCAAGAAGUCCUGGACAAGCAGAGACAGGUGGAGAGUCAGCUCCAAGUGCAAUUGAAGCAGCUUCAGCAAAGGAGGGAAGAAGAGAUGAAGAAUCACCAGGAGAUACUAAAGGCCAUUCAGGAUGUGACCAUAAAGCGAGAAGAAACCAAGAAGAAGAUAGAGAAAGAAAAGAAGGAGUUCUUGCAGAAGGAGCAGGACCUGAAAGCUGAAAUUGAGAAGCUCUGUGAGAAGGGCAGAAGAGAAGUGUGGGAAAUGGAACUGGAUAGACUCAAGAACCAAGAUGGUGAAAUCAAUCGGAAUAUUAUGGAAGAGACAGAGCGGGCCUGGAAGGCAGAGAUCCUGUCACUAGAAAGCCGGAAGGAAUUGCUGGUGUUGAAACUGGAAGAAGCAGAAAAAGAAGCAGAACUUCAUCUGACUUACCUCAAGUCAACUCCUCCAACACUAGAGACAGUUCGUUCCAAGCAAGAGUGGGAGACAAGACUGAAUGGAGUUCGGAUAAUGAAAAAGAAUGUUCGGGACCAGUUUAAUAGUCACAUCCAGCUAGUGAGGAAUGGAGCCAAGCUGAGCAGCCUUCCUCAGAUCCCUACCCCAACUUUGCCUCCACCACCCUCAGAGGCAGAUUUCAUGCUUCAAGUAUUUCAGCCCAGUCCCUCUCUGACCCCUCGGAUGCCCUUCUCUAUUGGGCAGGUCACUAUGCCUAUGGUUAUGCCCAGUGCGGAUCCUCGCUCUUUGUCUUUUCCAAUCUUGAACCCUGCCCUUUCCCAGUCCAACCAACCUUCCCCACCUCUUCCUGGCUCACAUGGGAGAAAUAGCCCUGGCUUGGGUUCCCUGGUCAGCCCUCAUGGUCCACACAUGCCUCCUGCUGCCUCCAUCCCGCCUCCCCCAGGCUUGGGCGGUAUUAAAGCUUCUACUGAAACUCCCCGGCCCCAACCAGUGGACAAACUGGAGAAGAUCCUGGAGAAGCUGCUGACUCGGUUCCCACAGUGCAAUAAGGCCCAGAUGACCAACAUUCUUCAGCAAAUCAAGACAGCACGUACCACCAUGGCGGGCCUGACCAUGGAGGAACUAAUCCAACUGGUAGCUGCACGACUGGCAGAGCAUGAACGGGUGGCAUCAAGCACUCAGCCACUUGGUCGGAUCCGGGCUUUGUACCCUGCUCCUCUGGCCCAAAUCAGUACCCCAAUGUUCUUGCCUUCUGCCCAAGUUUCAUACCCUGGAAGGUCUUCACAUGCUCCGCCCACUUGUAAGCUGUGUCUGAUGUGUCAGAAACUUGUCCAGCCCAGUGAGCUGCAUCCGAUGGCCUGCACCCACGCGCUGCACAAGGAGUGUAUCAAAUUCUGGGCUCAGACCAACACAAAUGACACUUGUCCCUUUUGUCCAACUCUUAAAUGAUGGACCCGCCUGGGGAGGAAGAAGAGGAGAAACGGAUGUGAACAGGAAGCGCGGGUUCAAGAUUUCUAAAACUCUAUAUAUUUAUACAGUGACAUAUACUCAUGCCGUGUACAUUUUUAUUAUAUAGGUAAUGUGUGUAUAGAAAGUCUGUAUUCAGAUGUUCGUAAUGAAAGUAUGUAUAUAAUGCAGAAGCACCCCUCCCCCCCUCAUCUUGCAGGCUUUUGUGAGGAUGCAGACUGUAGGGAUAUAUGAUCUUUAACUUGGCCUUGAAAUCAUGAUCCCUGCAUUAGGGCUGUUGUCUAAACAUCUAGGAAGCUGCUGUUGUGCUAAGGCCAUCCUGCUUUGGUUUGGCCCAGCCCCUAGUCCAUUUUUAUAAGGCUCAUGUAUGCAGAUUUGCAAUCUGGUGCUCACCUGCUGUGCAUCCAGACGCCUGGCCUUGCAGGGGCCUCCAAAGCCUUGGUGUUAUUUUAGCCAUUCUACUCCAGUAGAUAAAAUGAUACUGGUUGAGGGGGAAGAAAUGUAACUCUGAUAGUUUGAUUCUUCAUUGAACAUUUUACUGUGUUAAUGCUCAUUAUUUAUACAUUGAUAUCAGGUAUACAGGAUAUUCUGUUUUACGUCAGUAAAAUCUACAGUCCAAGAACAACAAAAUCAGGUUCCAUUUCUCCCACCAUCUUCUGUCUACUUUCUGGAUAGAAAAGCACAAUUCACAGAUUUCCCCCCUGGGCUGAGCCACCAUCCCCUUGUUGCGACUAGUUUAGCCUCCACUAAGCACUGACCAGCCAGGCUUGCAAAGUGCUUAACCUUCCCAUUCCUCUGGUCUCCUGAUCUAGCAGUCCCCUUCCCCAAAGGUUAAGGCAGUUGGUUCACUACCAAGUGGUUUGGUUUCACCUUGGAUGAGCUCCACACAGGCACUGGGGUGAGAUGUUUGUGCAAAAUAACUGGCAGAAUAAUCAUGGGAUGUUGGACUUCAUUUGUCAACCAAGAAAGCUAUGGAGGACACAUUUCCUGUCUAGGCUACAGUGAGACAGUGAGAUGAAGGGAGGUGGUACAGUUAUAGCCAUGCUCUGUGGGUUCCCAUCGGAGUGAGAUGGUUCUCCACCUCCGCUUAUUGAGUACUUCUGGUCUUCAUGUCCGAGACAGCUGUGGCUCUGAGAACCUUGAUUCUUUUCCAAUCUUUAUCUUUACUCCUAUAGGAAAUGGCUUUAAUUACCUUCUUUUUCAGAAUUAAACAAGUGUUAAUUGAGAAAAAAAUUGCAUCUGAGGGAAGGGCAACAUUAUGUUACCGGCAAUUGAUGUUUUCCCAUUUUGGGACUGGGAAUGCUUCUUGAAGCUAGCAGUUUGUAUUAGGAUAGCAGCUCUCCUUUCUAAGCUAACUAACUCUCCUUUGGUUUUUCUUCAUUGCCUAUGAGCUCAUGGAUGAAUUCUCUCCUCUUGCGUUAUUUGCACAGGCUGACUGACAGGCAUGUUUAGGGGACUGGACUUCCCAGGGUUAUCUUGGCAUCUUUAAGAGGGAAUGGAACAGCCUGAGUCCUAAACUUUUUAGAGGUCAAGUGACCUCUGUUCUUUGGUUAAUGAAGUACUUUUGCCUUCUUGUCUCCAGUUUGGUACUACUUGAACAGAAAAAGGUGGCAAAAUGGAAAUCUGCUUCCUUUGUUCUUUUCAUGUAGGUGAUUCGUUUUGUCUUGUAAUCUUAAGAUUGUUCUUUCCCCUCAACUGUGCAGCAUCCAGCACUAGCUGUAUAGUACCUCACAGUGUCCCCUGAAAACUGUAAAUUGAAAGUGAGCAUAAAGAAUGUGUUUAGUUAAACAUAGUGGCACAAACCUGUAAUCAUGGCAUUUGGCAGGUGGAUGUACAAGAGGCUAGCCUGGGCUACAUAUCUCAUUCUCCUGGCCCCUUCCCCUAUGGACACACACACAUUCACACACACAUAUAUAUGGUUUCUGUCGAGGAGUGGUGGCAUACACCUAUAAUCCCAGCAUUCAGGAGGCAAAGGCAGGAAGGUUGCUACAAGUUCAAGGCUAGCCUGAUCUACAUGAAAUGCUGCCUCAAAAAAAGAAAAAAAAGAAAAGGAAGAAAAGAAAGAAAAAAGAAAGUAAGAAAAAAAAUAACUUCUUUUCAAAUAAAUAAAUAAAUAAACAAACAAACAAAUAACUUUGAAGCCAAUAGAGUAGAGAGGAAAAAAAGCAGGAAUGAGUUGGGGUCAAACUGUCUCUCAGAGCAAACCCUAGGAAGGCAGCAUUUUGGAGAGUGGGCCCUUGCAGUUGGAGCCUUGUCACUGUGGCUCUAUCCUUGCAGAGAAGCAGUGAGAAAAACACUGAGUCUGCCAUGCCUGUUUCCAUCACCUCUGCCCACUGGGCCUCAGUCCAUGCAGACCAGUGGCAAAGCCCCACAUACAAUGUGGAGAUAAGCAGUCAUUUUUUCAGGAGACUUUGAAAAUAGAGCUGUAUAAUACAUAUUUUUACAAGCAAGAAGCUGUUGUCAAGAUUUUUUUCUGUUUUACAUAUCAGAGUUCAUAAUUUUACAAUACAAAGGAGUUAACCAUCAAAAGAAAAAUAAAUGCAAAUUUCCCCCCUAAAAAAAAAAAAAAAGAACACCAGUUACUAGGGUAAAUAACAACUAGGUUGAGGUUUUUUUGCCCUGGAAAGAGAUGGGAAAAAGCCAGUUUUUCCCAACGUGGGUAGAAUUUGUAAAGCAGAAUGUGGCGUUUUCAUGGUAGUGAUCCUGGAAGCUUAUUUACACUGUAGUUCUGAGCUGGAAGCAGACAGUCUCCAUCUUCCCAGCAGUCUGUGGGUGUGGGGUAUUCCUUGUCAGCCAGAGCAGCACCAGUGCAAGGGCAAUGAAGAGGACCCAGCUGAAAAACUGCACGCAGGAUUCUUAUUUUAUUGGUUUAUGGCUUGUGGGCGGCUGGCUGGGGCCAGCAACUCCAGAGGCCCUGCUAGUGUCUCCCCACCAGCUAUUCCAUGCUUGGCAGGUCCCCUACCUGAAAGCAGUGUAGAGCAUACUAGGAUAGGAUGCAGUGGUCAUCCCAGGAAAACUCGGCUCUUCCUGCUAACACUGGCUUCAUGUCUGUUGUAUUAGAACUGACAGGGAAGAGGAGUGUGGCCCCCACUACCUGGCCCAAGAACCAGCCUGGGUACAUGUACUAUUGGGAGGGGCAGCAGAGAGCAGGACAGAAAGACUGCUCUAUUGGGAAAGGAGAAGGAAGUAAGGAAGCCCCAAGGCUGCCAUCCUUUCUCCAGGCAGCCUUGAUACUGAAGGCAAUGACAUAGAACCAGAAAGCCCCCUAUCUUACAUUCGUUGUUUAAUACUAGCCAAUGUGUGAUGUCUCCUUAGCCAGAUAAAUAGAGGGGCCAUUGAAGAGGGCAAGAGAGUAAUGAACCCACUCAGUAUUCCAUAAAGAUCUUACCAUUUUGUACCAUUGGGCAAAAAGAGAUAAAAUAAAGACAAAAUCUAGGCAGAGGCAAAUGCAUCAGCCCUAACCCUGCUGAAUGAAUCUUGAGGGUUCUGCCUUUGUGGAUCAGAUAGGAGAACUUUCCUGUCUGUUCCUUUUAGCACCUUGGUUGGAGUGAACCUAUGCUGGGAAGACAAUCCUCAGCCCUACAAUAUUCUAACUGUUGUCCCAUAGGGCAUCUAAGACAUUGGGGUUGGGACAUUUUGGUGCCACCUAGCAUGUAGAAGCAGGGAGAGACAGGUGGAAUUAACAAGAUAGGGAUUCAUGUGUCCAGUGGGACUUUUCUCAUGAGCACUGUUCCUUUAAGAGUGUUAAAAAGAUCUCUUUGGCUAAUAAGCCCUUUUCUCCAUUUCAUUUCGGUUCAGACUACAUCCACAAGACAUGUUGGGGAAUGCUACCUCUCUUAAUCCAGAUGGGCAUCUGUCUUGGAGAUGUGGAGAAAGUGAUUAUAGCUCUGCCUUUCCUAGCUUUGCUACUUUCUCCUUCCUGUGUCUGUCCUGUCUCUCCUCAUCUUGACUGCCCCCAGGAGUACAAACAUUCGCAUCGCAUAGGUUUUGGCUUAUCUCAAGACUCAGUCUUUGUACCAGUGUAGGCUUGAGUCUGCAGUCCCUAUCACUAAAGCAACUGGCAAACUGCAUUUUCUUCUGCUGACUUUGGCCAGCAGGGAAAUGAGAUUGGCCCUUUCUCUGCCAGGGUACCAUAGGGACACAUGCCGGGUAGCCUGAGUAUGACACCGGUACUUCUGGAAGGACGGAAAGAAUACUCGGGGUUGGAGACUCUAAAGGAUGCUGGGCAGAGGGUCAGGGCUGAAGCUUAAGCAGCAACAUUUCCAACUCAAGUUUGUGGUGCCUAAGGGUAUCCUGCCACCAGAAUGCUGCUUUCUCCCUCCUGUUUCCUACAGGCCUUGCAAGCCCUGUAAUCCAGCUUGCCAGCUGUCUCUUUUCUGUCAAGGCAGAAGCAUUCGGCAGGUUGGUGAGGGUCCUGAGGUGCUCUGGCCACAGGUACCAUCCAUAUCUCCAACUCACGUGACCAAAGGGAACCACCCAGAUGUGGUCCAGGGGGAUCUCUGUCAUCUGCCCACUGGCCUCCUUAUUUCAGCAGGGAGAUGUCAUCAGCAAAGUCAUCAUGCUGAUGGCGCAGGCAGCGUAGGCAGCGCCACUGACAUACCAUGAGGCAGAGUGGCAACAUGAAGAGGGCGCAGAUGGCAGCCAUGACAUAGGCUAUGGUCAUAAGUGUCGACUCAUCUGUCUGUGGAAUGUUGUAGCCACAGUCUUCCAUGUCUGCCGUGACAAACGGACCUUCCACUGCCGCCGUCCUGAACUCAUCGUGCACUGGAGAAAGGGUAGAGAUGAACUGGUACCUCUUACUGUCAGAGUAGUGUGGGUUAUACAAUUGAAAGAGCUUCCUGACAGGGACCCUUAGAACCCACCCAAGGGAGGCAGUGCACAGUCCAUCUUGGACAGAGUGAACAGUGGGCAAGGAAACUAGUACUGAGAAAGGAUGUUUCUCCCUCCAGGACCUUGGGAACUGUAAGGCUUUGCCAUUUUUAAAUCCAGUAGAAGUGUUAUCAAAGCCAACAGUUCUGAGUUGACCAAAAUCUAGCCCCUUACACACACAGCAGACUUACCCAUCCUCAUGAAAAUCCAACCACAGAGCCCUGGCAGUUUUCUGCAGAAGCAUUCAGCCUUACUGUAGGCAGCCAGCCUCCCUUACAGCUAGUAUUUCCAAGUGCCUGUGAAGCUCUAGCUGCUAUCAGUUUCCAGUAUUGUUUUCCCCAUCAGGCAUGUUCACCAGAGCAAGCCUUAGCCCUACCUUUCACACAUGGUGGAUUAGCCAGAGGCUACUACCUCUUGAACAGACAGAUCUGGGAAUUAGCUGCUGGCAGCAAGACAUGAGCAGACUGACCCCACACCCUCCUCACCAUGGCAAGCGCUGACAGCAAAGCCAAUUCGCUUUCGGGCUCGAUCAAAGACCACAUAGAAGCCUUCCAUGAUGACCGCUCCCAUAACGGUGCCUGUGGAUGACUGUGAGACGGCGAACUUGUAACAGUCGUCUUGGGACGUGGCCACAUCUUCCACUGGCCGUAGGUAUUGCUGGGGGAAACAAUCACAGGAUGAGAGCAUGUCUUAUUCUGUCCUGCCUUUCUCUGCCUUUUAGUCACCUACACUUUGCUCUUCCUCAAGCCCUGAGAUGUUGACUUUUCCGCAACCCCUUUAUCAGCACACAUUCAUUUGUCUUUCAAGUUGUAGUAGCCAUGUCUCUUUACAUACUUUGUCUGCUUCUUGGCACUCCGCUGCCUCAGCUUGGGGACAUACCUGAGGAAGGAUGGUGAUGCGGAAGGACUGAUUGGUGACUUCACCCAUGAGGUAAAGUGAAAUGACUGGGAAAAUGUUCCAAGGGGUCGUGCCUGCUUGCCAGCACACCAGCUGCUCCCCUAGCCAAAAGCCAUCCGGGAACUUCUCCGUCUGUUGACAAGAGAGAACUGUGAAGAAUCGGCCUGCCCCACCAUCUUUUCUCUUAUGUUCAGAAUUGCAGGGACAGUUACCACUGUUUGCUUUUCCAGGGAAUUUUCCAAAGUGGCCAAGGUAAACUGAAGUCUAAGGAUCAGUAGAAGAAAGUGGGUCACUGGGCUCAUAAAGUUGUGCUAGGGUGACUGGAUGUGGCAGCUCACACUGCCUAUAGUCCCAGAAUUUGGAAGGCUGAGGCAUGAAGUUGUCAAGUUCAAAGCUAACCUGGGCUACAUUCAUGACCCUGUCUCAAAAAAGAAAAAGAAAAUGUAUCGGCCAAGUCAACAGACAGCAGUGUGCAAACGCUGACGGGAAGGAUCUACGAUCUUUGGUGCUUGCUGAGGCCCGUGACGGUCACUGACUCUGACUCUGUUUCACCCGCCCUGAGUCCACUGACCGAGGAGGCUGCCUUGAUGGACUUGACUGCAGCUUCAAAUACUUUCUUGGGCAAACGAAGGUUGGUGGUGCCACUGUCCACGAUGCUCUUGUCAUAGUUGUACUGAGGAGAGAAAGGGGAGGAGUUGGGAGAGGUGACUGACAGCUAAGCAUCCUACGGAGGUUGGCAUCUUAGCGUUUCCAUUUUGAACGUAUUUGUGUGCCUCCUUGGGCACGUUGCUUACUUAACCUCUGUGUACCUGUUUUAUUCUGAAUUGAAGGUAGUAACAAUGCCUACCUCAAAGGUUAUCAUAAGGAUUAAACAAAUCAAAAGGCUGAAAGUACUAAGUAGGUCCUGGCAGAUCCCAGGCACUUGGUAAGUACUAACUUCAUUCAUUACCUUGUGUGGGUAGGUGCUCUCCAAUCUGAAACAGAGGUGCCUUGUGUGGUGUUUGUACCUCUAGUACCUUUACGUCGUCGUUCUCAUACACCAUGCAUCGUGAUGGACAGAAGGGUGGCUCGGCAGGCAUAGAGCCUGGGCUUGACCUCUGAGACUGCAUGGUGGAAUAUGCCCAUAGAGCACUUGAGAGUCAGAGAGGAGGACCAGGAGUUCAAGCAAGUCUGAGGCCAGUGUGGGCUACAUGAGACCCUGCCUCAAAAAAGCCUGAAAUGGGGGCUGAUGAGAUAGCAGGUAAGGGCACCUGCUACCAAGUAUGAUCUGAGUUCAACCCCAGGGAGACUCACUAAUUGAAAAUUGUCCUCUGACCUCCACACACAAGCUGUGGCACAUGCCCUAUCCUCACCCUAAUAAGUAUAAAAAAAACCUAGGGAAAGAGACCCCAAAUAUUGGCAUUUGGGGUGUGCCAAGCAUAAGAACUAACACUUCGUACAUCAGCUUCGACCUUCACAGUCUCUGAAAAAGUGUGUGUAUCCUUACCUCUGCUUUGUAGAUGAGGAGUCUGGCACUGCAGCGAGGAGCCCAAAGGCACUUAGUAACAGCAGGACUCAGUCAGGUCCUCGCAGAAGCCUUGCCCGGAGCCGCCAGAGGUAGCGACUAGAGUCCAGAAGGGAACUCUUCUGUGUUUUCAUUACUGUACUUAAGCUCUAUGCUCAGGUUCUGUGAUGGCUCUGCAGGCCCUGCCCUUCACCUUAGGGAGUGCUGUGUGAUUGCCAACUUUCUGCCUUGGCACAGCCCUAACCUCAGCCCAGGUCCUGUGCCUCCACCCUCUCCUCCACCCUCAUGGUUCUCUCACACUGGGAUUAACCUCUUACUCUCACUGGGUCCCCUUCCAGUUUAUUACCUCCUUGCAGUCCAUUUUCAGAUCUUGACCAUUGAUUUCUACACGUACAAUGAUCACUUCAUAAUACCACUCCCGCCGGAUGGGUGUGUACCAGAGACUGCCAGUGUAUAGGGAAUGGUCGAUACCACCAAUGAUCUAAAAGAAAAAGAGACAGACACUAUGUCCUAGCACAGGAGAGCAGGUUACCCAAAACCAAAUGAUAAGAUCAGCCAUUUCUUGGGGUGUCAAGAUUCUCUCUAAUCUUCCAUCAUGCCCCAUGCAUGGUAAUGUUUAGUUUCUUAAAUGUGUUCAGAAGAAACACAUCAGAUUAUUUGUAUCAAAAUCUAUAAUCCUUGACAGGAAGUUAUUUAAACCUAAGCCAGUACAAUAAACGUGGAAUGAACAAA